AUGAGUGGUGGUUGGUCUACUAUCGAAUCUGACGCAGGAGUCUUCACAUUUCUUCUCGAUAAUCUCGGUGUCAAAGAUGUACAAUUCGAAGAACUGAUCGCGCUCGAUUCUGAUUAUCUCCGUCAACUCUCUCCCAUUUAUGGCGUCAUAUUCCUCUUCAAAUAUCCCAUCGGAGAAGCCCCCAAUAAAGAUGGCACACCCAAAGAUGGUUCCUACGAUUAUCCCGCUGCGGAAAAUCUCUUUUUCGCGGCACAGACUAUACAAAAUGCUUGUGGUACCCAAGCACUCCUCUCGGUCCUCCUGAAUAAAGAUGGAGAAAUAGAUGUUGGCACCCCCCUUCGAGAAUUCAAAGACUUCACAGCAGGAUUCCCGGCGGAAUUUAGAGGAGAUGCGCUCAGUAAUAGCGAUUUGAUUAGAGAUGUUCAUAACAGUUUCGCUAGGUCAAGUCCGUUUGUUGAUGAGACGCAACGAUCCUCGAGAGAUGAGGAUGGAGAUGUUUAUCAUUUCAUUGCUUAUACAUCUAUAAAUGGUAUCCUCUAUGAAUUAGAUGGUCUGCAACCUGCACCUAUAUCUCAUGGAGCAUCGACUGUUGAAGAGUUUCCAGAGAAGGUUAUACCAGUUUUACAGAGGAGAAUAGAACGAUAUCCAGCGACGGAGAUACGAUUUAAUUUAUUGGCGAUGGUGAAGGAUUUGAGGGUUAGGGCGAGGGAAGUGGGUGACGUGGAGUUGUUGAUGAGGGAGGAACAGAAGAGGAAUGAGUGGCAAUUCGAGAAUGCUUUACGAAGACAUAAUUUUGUAGGAUUUGCAGGGGAAGUAUUGAAGGGAGUAAUAGGAGAUAAAUUGAAAGAGGGGCCUAAGGCAUAUGAGGAAUGGGUGGAACAAGCGAAAAAUAAGACAAAGGCGAGAGCAGAGGAACAGAAGAAAGGUGGUGGAGAUGGGGAUUUAGAGAUGUCUGGUUGA